CUCACCAGCUCCAGCUCAACCACUCCUCCCAGCUCCCUCCCUUCUUCCACUAAACCACUUAAAGAAAAGAGUAUAAUUUAUCCAACAGUGUAUAAAAAAAACAGUAAUUUAGAAUGACCUCAUUUCCUAAUUAACGUUGUUCUUGUCAUUGUUAGAAUUGAAAUUGAACCAAUAACAUGUAGAAAAAAAAAAGAAGAAGAUGAAAACAGCCGCCAAUUUAACCUUUUUAUUGGUAAGAUUGGAUUGUCAUCUUUCAGUUUUUAGGCCACGUUGUUAUUGCUUCAACGUCUAUUUCGCCGUGUCUUUAGUUCUUUCCCUUCUUUAAAAUCACUACACCCCUUUAUCAAUUAAAUCAGGCAUUUUUCAGAAUUCAGAACCCAAAAAAAUCCCACAAGAAAAUUUCUGAUUCCCUUUUCUUUCCUGUUUCUUCAAGAAAGGAAAGAUGAAGAACAAUCUCAGCAACAACACAAAGCUUAUCCUGCUGCAUCCAUACAUUCAGAAACAGGGGAGCUCUAACAGGCUAUGGCUUCUUGCAUUCAUUUCAUUCUUCACUUUAGCUUUCCUUCUCACUCUGAUUUAUACCCGAGAAUCCAUCACCGCGACGUCGGUGGCGGCCGCCUCGGCUGCCCCGGGCUCCAUCAACAACCCUUCCCUGUCUGAUUCUGUAGUCAGGGCACUUGUUCAUUAUGCAUCAAACUCCAACAACACGGAUCAUAUGUCACACUUGGAUAUCAAGCAAAUUUCGGAUGUUCUUCAGAAAUGCAGGACUCCUUGUAAUUUCCUUGUAUUUGGGCUAACUCCAGAGACCCUUCUCUGGAAAGCCCUGAAUCACAACGGCAGAACAGUUUUCAUCGAUGAAAAUCGGUACUACGCUGCUUACAUUGAGGAAAAGUACCCAGAAAUUGAGGCUUAUGACGUGCAGUAUACUACUAAGAUAAACGAAGCCAAAGAAUUGAUUGCUGCUGCAAAAGAACAAGCCCACAACGAAUGCAAGCCUGUUCAGAAUCUUCUCUUCUCUGAGUGUAAACUUGGGCUUAAUGAUCUGCCUAAUCAGUUCUACGAAAUUGAUUGGGAUGUUAUCUUAGUUGAUGGGCCAAGAGGGUACUGGCCGGAAGCCCCUGGCCGGAUGUCGACGAUAUUCACCGCCGCCGUUCUUGCAAGAAGCAAAAAGGGUGGAAAUCCGAAAACACAUAUUUUCGUGCACGAUUUCAAUCAAAGGGUGGACAGGAAAACAAGUGAAGAGUUUCUGUGCAAAGAAAACUUGGUGAAAUCGAAGGAUAUGCUUGGGCAUUUCGUAGUAGAAAGAGCUGAUGCAAAUACAUUUCAGUUCUGUCGCAGCAACCAUUCCUCAGCUUCAGUUUCGUCAUGAUCGUUUAGUUUAGUUUGGUGGUACAGAAAACAAAAACAAAGUGUAUGGAUCAUUUGAAAUAAUAUGGUGUUUCUUUGCAAAGUGGAAAUAGGAGGAGGUUGAAAUUAGAUUUUUAUACUCCUAUUUAUUUGUCUUUGAAAUUUUUGACAUUUUUCCCCUUUGGAGCGUUGCUGCUGCUGGGGGGUGGGUGCUUUGUACACUGUACUAGUAAUUUUUUCUUCUUGAUGAUUGAAAACUUGGAAGC